UGCAGGUGGGAGGAAAGGAAACACACAGAGAGAGUAGAGCCUACGGCAUCACGACUUUUGGUUCGUUUUGUUUGUUGGUUUUGGAAGGAAUUCCAAAGCAGUUUAAUUAUAAUUAUUUUUAAUUAAAAAAAGAUUCAUCGGAAUUCUUCGUCGAAGAAGAAAAAGAAAUCAGGUGAAGAAUCAAAUCAGAGGGCUGGAAAUCCGGGGGAGAGUUGCGAGGAUGAUGGCGACGUCUUCGAAAAUGGCGGUGGUUUCAACCGCGAAUUCGGAUCUGCCGCGGAGGGAGUCGUCUAUAUGUUCACUCUCCACUUUUCUGGCCGACGACGACGACAACCGUCACCACAAGCACCAAUCCAUGACCAUGGACGACAUCCUCAGGAACAUCUACAGCUCCACCGGGACUGGCACCGGAAAUGACAUGCACGACAACGGUCACCAUCAACAACUUCAUCAUCACGCCGAGGCCAGGUCCGUCGACGAGGUCUGGAAGGAGAUCGUCGCCGGAGGAGCUGGAGUGGGAGUGGGAGAGGAGGAGGUGGGAGUGGCGGAGGGAGAUGGCGGGGAUCAGGUGCGGGGAGGAGAGGGAGGAGGUGGUGGUGGGGGUGGGAUGGAGGAGAUGACCUUGGAGGACUUUCUCACCAGGGCUGGGGCCGUGAGGGAAGAGGACGUCAGCGUGAAUGCCGGCGGAGUUCCGAUUGGGUACGGGCAGUUCCAGGUGCAGCCUCCUCCUCCACCUCCGGCUGCUCAGGGUCAGCUGGUGUACGCGAACGGGACAACAAGUGCCAGCGGAGGCGGAGGUGGUGGUGGUGGAGGAGGGAGGGCUGGGAAGAGGAGAGCCGUGCAGGAAGCUCCACUCGAUAAGGCAACGCAGCAGAAGCAGAGGAGGAUGAUCAAGAACAGAGAGUCCGCUGCCCGGUCCAGGGAACGGAAGCAGGCUUACACCGUAGAGCUCGAAUCUCUGGUAACGCAGCUGGAGGAGGAAAAUGCGCGGCUCCUCAGACAACAGGCUGAGCAAAAGAAGGCGAGGUUUAAGCAGCUCAUGGAGAACCUCAUUCCUGUUGUAGAGAAGCGGAGGCCACCACAUGUUCUUCGGAGAGUACAUUCGGUGCACUGGUAGAUGCGGUACCAACCGUGUGGUCUGCGGUUAUACAUAAAAGGAGUUUGGUAGAUAAAUACUUAAAGAAGGAAAACAGAUGAAGGGUCGAUUAGCUGUUGGUUAAUCUUUUGGUAGUCGGAGCGGAUUUUGUAAAGAGAAGCAGGUACAGCUGAAGCUUUGGAUCAAUUUCAAUACAAGUAACUGGAUGCUCUCAGUUGACGGCUUGUGGGAGAUCCUUUUCAAACACUUGACAGGUUCAUUGUAAUUAGUAUUUGUAGAAAAUAACCUCAUUUACAGAAAGCCCGGUUGCCCUUCAUGCCGGUUGAAGGGCAAGCCGAUAGAGCUAGACGACGGACUAAUUUAUACUAAUGUUGCUGUUUACUCUUAAAUGAUAUGCUCGAGUGAGGAACCAUAUGGUACAUGAUACUAAAACCCGUUCACGAUUUGAUUUUCGAAUUUGGUUUA